GCUAUGUCGGUGUCGUCUUCUGGGACUAGUGGAACAGGCCAAACUGGAUACACGCUCCCAGCCCAAGCCGGAUACACUCUCCCGGAACAAACUGGAUACACGCUCCCAGAACAGACUGGAUAUAGCCUCCCGGCACAGACUGGUUACACUCUACCAGCCCAGACCGGCUAUACUCUAUCAACCCAAACUGGGUAUACUCUCCCACCGCCAACGAUUCGUCUCAACACCGAAGACCACAUGGCACAGGCGUAUGCUACCAUGAACGGGUUAGGGUACACUCUCGAGUCUAAUUCGGGCGCCGCGAGUUCCACGGCUAAUACGGGCAAUACGGGUACUACUGACUCUACGAGCUCUAGGGCCCCCGGUGCUUAGAUAGAGAUUCUUCG